AUCAAUCAUUUCUCCUUCUCAUCUGGCUGCAUUCUUGCAUCCAUUGAGAAAUACUGUGUGAGCUGUGAUUGGUCACAGCUUGUCACAUGGUACAAGGCUGUUGUGAAUAGCCCUGUACCAUGUGACCUCUGUGAUCAUUCACUGAUUUCACACGUAGUAAGCAAUGAUGGGACAAGUGACAUCUUGCUUACUACUCUGUAUGUGAUCACUGAUUGGCCAAUCAGUGAUCAUAUGAUUGGGACCCUCACACAGAGGUCCCGAGCACGGCUCCCAGGAAGCUCGCACAGUCCAAAAUGGCGGGCG